AUAUUCUCAUUUUUUAUGAAUAAGGUUUUGUCUCAAAACACAACAGUUUCCGAUAGUAGUUCUCAAAAUACAACAAUAUGUACCUGUUGGAAAGGUUUCAAGCAAUCUCAAAUAGAAAUACAAAUUGAUCAAAAUAACUUCUCAAUUUGUUGUCCCAACAAUUAUGAAAUUCAAUAUAAUACAACAAUUUCUGUGCAAAAAUCGGAUAACAUAUAUUUAUUGCCCAAUACUCAGGAAUGUGGGGUUAUUCCAGAGAAUUAUGAAAAUGAUAUAAAAGUGGAAUUUCCUUGGGCGGCCUUAAUAGAAUAUACAAAUGGCAACAACAAAACUAGCCAUCACUGUGGAGCCACCUUAAUAAAUAACCGUUAUGUGCUAACUGCUGCCCAAUGUGUGGUAGUAGAUGCAGAUUGGAGUAUCUCUAACAUACGUUUGGGCGAAUGGGAUCUCUCCUCUAAUCCCGACUGUAUAAAAACUCUAACGGGUAAAACAAAGUGUGCCGAUCCCUAUUUAAAUGUAGGAAUAGAAGAAAUCAUUAUCCAUUCAAAUUAUAGUGCUGCAAAAUAUCGUAAUGAUAUCGCUUUGAUACGUCUUGAUCGCUAUAUCAAAUUCACCGAUUACAUAAGUCCCGUAUGUCUGCCCGUUCAAACCAAAAUGCGUGUUAGAAUAUUUAAAAAUAUUAUAAUGCAAGUAGUUGGUUGGGAUAAUUCAAAAACCAAUGACGAAGUUAAUAUAAAACAGGUUGCUAAUUUACCAGGUUGGAGCUUUUCGAGAUGUCGUCGAACGUAUGCUGCCAAAAGAAUAUAUUUGCGUAUGGAGCAAAUGUGUGCGGGUGGUGAAAAAGGUGUCGGUAUUUGUGAUGGUGAUUCGGGUGGAUCAUUAGUUGUAAAAGAUAGAUUAGAUAAUCGUAAUGUUUACGUUUUAUCUGGUGUUACAUCGUUUAUUCAGAAACCCUGUGGCUUAGAUGGUUGGCCGGGACUUUUUACAAAGGUGGGUCCUUAUAUGGAUUGGAUUUUAGAAAAUAUAAGAUCUUAGCAUUUAUGAUUUGAAUAUGAAUACAAAACAAGUUGUUUAUUUUGUUUAAAAAAGAGUUUUUAAUUUGUUAGACUCUAAAGGUCAAAAGCCAAGGUUUGUAUUAAGGUUGGACAAAAUGUUAGACAAUGCUUUAAGUGAACAACUGCCGUGUUCGCCUUGUUUUAACACUGCCCCUUUGUACUUUUUUACAGCCGGUACCAAGUUAUGUUCAUGGACCAGCAAAGCAUCCAUGUACUCGAGGA